AUGCCGGGGUGGCGUCCGCAGCGGGAUCGGGGAUCUGGUCGCGCCGGCGGGACGAGAUCACGUUCGAUCGCCUCCAGAAGGUACCAUCCGCGUGCCCUCUGCUUCGUUCGUAGGCUGAGCUCGAUCUGGGUGAUGGGAAUUGGGGCAGGUCGGUCCUGCUGCCCUGGCGUAAUUUCUGGGACGAAGCUGGUGCCGUGCCCUCCGCCUGGCUUGAUUGGCUGCUCUGAGCUCUCGAGUCGCGAAAAGCUUCAUGGGCAUGUUGGUUUGGGGACUGGAUGUCUAGUUGCAAGUAGAAUCAUACUGGAUAAAACUGGUGAUUGCACUCAAAUAAUUAAAACAUGCUUUUGUCCAGUCCAUUUUGGUAUUGUCACAUGUUCUGUAAUCUUCUUCAAGUUCUGGAAUGACUUGUCUCCUCAAGCACGGCAGGAACUCCUCAAAUUGGAUAAGCAAACUCUCAUUGAACAAGCACGCAAGAAUUUCUACUGCUCAAGGUGCAAUGGGUUGCUUCUGGAUAGUUUUGCACAAAUUGUUAUCUAUGGGAAGUCACUGCAGCAAGAAGCUUCAGAUAUUGGUUGUCCGAGGACAAGUACUGAGUCAAGAAUUACACAAGGAGAGCAAGAUGGGGCUCAGGACCCAUCAGUUCACCCCUGGGGAGGCCUUUCAACCACAAAAGAUGGUGUCCUUACACUUCUUGACUGCUUUAUAAACGCGAAAUCAUUACGGGUGCUUCAGAAUGUAUUUGACAAUGCACGGGCAAGAGAAAGGGAACGGGAAAUGCUUUAUCCUGAUGCCUGUGGUGCAGGUGGCAGAGGAUGGAUUAGCCAAGGGAUGGCUAAUUAUAGGCACUUGGUGAAGAAACUAGAUCAUCUCUUCUCAUGGAUGAAGGAGGAAGAUUUCAUUGAAAAACUUAUGUACAGGUUUGAUAGCAAGAGAUUUUGCCGAGAGUGUCGAAGGAACGUUAUCCGUGAAUUCAAGGAGCUGAAGGAACUGAAGCGCAUGCGAAGGAGCCUUGCUGCACCAGUUGGUUUUGUGUUGCAGAUACUGCUUUUCAUUGUGUUUGAGGAUGCUGUUGUAGUUGAUUGGCGCCAAUGCUUAUCAGAGCCAGAUGAAUCUUAUGAUCACUUUGAAUGGGCUAUUGGGACAGAUGAAGGAGAAUCCGAUAUUUUUGGGUUUGAAAAUGUUGGAAUGAAUGCACAAGUCCACAGAAAUGGAAUCGAUCUUGAUCAGUUUGAGGACUACUUCAUAACACUGCGAGCUUGGAGGCUUGAUGGCCAGUGCACAGAGCUGUGUGUAAAAGCACAUGCAUUGAAGGGUCAAUCAUGUGUGCACCACAGGCUAGUUGUGGGUGAUGGCUUUGUGACUAUGACAAAGGGCGAAAGUAUUAGAAAUUUCUUUGAGCAUGCUGAAGAGGCCGAGGAAGAGGAUGAAGAUGAUGCCAUGGACAAGGAUGGAAAUGAUUUUGAUGGUGAUGGUGCCCAUCCACAGAAGCAUGCCAAGAGCCCUGAACUGGCAAGAGAAUUUCUUUUGGAUGCUGCUGCUGUAAUAUUCAAAGAUCAGGUUGAGAAGGCCUUCAGGGAAGGUACAGCACAGCAAAAUGCACAUAGUGUUUUUGUGUCCCUUGCUUUAAAACUUUUGGAACAGCAAGUUCAUGUAGCAUGCAAAGAAAUCAUUACGUUGGAAAAACAGAACAAACUUCUUGAGGAAGAGGAGAAAGAAAAGCGUGAAGAACAAGAGCGCAGGAUGAAGAGGAGAACAAGGGAGAGAGAAAAGAAGAACAGGAGAAAAGAAAGGCUGAAAGAAAAGGAAAAUAAUAAAGGGAAAAGACUAGAUGAAUCAAAGUCACCAGGCGAUAUUUCAUCUUCAGCUCCAAGCAACUCCUCAACAUCUACCAAUGAUUAUUCGACAAAUACUCUGGACUCAAGAGAUUCAGCUACGGAAGAGGAAGACAGUGCUGAAGUUGUGAAUCUGUGCUCUCCUGACAGCUGUGUGAAUCAAUCUUCAUGUACAGAAAUUAAUGGAGAAAACAGUGCCCAGUGCAAUGCAGUUACAGAAUUUUCUCCAAUGGACAGCAGUGACCUUUGCACACCAGAUCAAUCCAAGUCUUGA